GAGACUUGUGCAGUUAUCUGGGAUGAAUUAUCCCCAAUUUACUUAAAACCACCAACUACUGAAGAAUGGGAAAUUAAAGCAACGGAGUUCUGGUAUCGCUGGAAUUUACCUAAUUGUUUUGGUGCGAUGGACGGGAAGCAUAUAACGAUUCAAGCUCCAAAAAAAUCGGGUUCGCAGUAUUUUAACUAUAAAAAAACGUUUAGUAUAGUUCUAAUGGCAGUUUGCGAUGCUUUUUAUUUGUUUACACUUGUUGAUGUCGGUGCUUUCGGAUCUCAAAGCGACGGUGGCAUUUUUAAAGAAUCGGCAUUUGGGAAAGCUAUGGAUAAUAAUGAAUUAGGCCUUCCAGGUUCUACCAAUUUACGUGGAACUAAUAUCGCGUUUCCGUAUUUUGUGGCUGCAGACGAAGCCUUUCCACUUAAGCACUAUAUAAUGCGGCCUUAUCCCGGAACAAAUUUAUCAGAAAAACAACAAAUUUUUAAUUACCGCCUAUCACGUGCUCGACGCGUUAUUGAAAAUACCUUUGGCAUUUUAGCCAGUCGGUGGCGAAUUCUACAUACUAACAUAAUUGCCAGUGUUAGUACAAUUGAAAGAAUUGUAUGCGCUACAUUAUGUUUACAUAACUUCGUUAAAAUAGAAGAAUUGUCAAGUAAGCAGCGUUAUUAUUGUCCAGAUAAUUAUGUAGAUCGUUAUGAUGAUUCAGGAUGUGUCAUUCUUGGUGACUGGCGAGUAAACUGUCCUCAGAUUGAUGAAUUAGGUCGCACAGGGACAAAUCGUUCUACACGAGCGGAUAUUGAUUUACGAAAUACCCUUGCUGAUUAUCUUGUGUCGCCAGAAGGAAAAGUAGAUUGGCAGUAUAAUUAUGUAACGAGGAAGUUUUUA